CUCUCUCUGUCUGUGUUAUUCUGUCCAGAUUUGGUAUGAAUUUGAUUCAUUCAUGUUCUUCUUGUUUCUAGGGUUCAUUUAUCACUAUUGGGAAUGAAAUGCAUGUCUAGAUUUUAAGAAGUUUCCUAAAAUCUGUUUGUUAAUUUAGUUUCAAUUUUGUCUAAACUAUUUGAGUGUCUUGUCCCGUUUGCAACUAUGGGGGAUCCUUAUCUUUUCAUUUCAAUCUAUUAUGAUGAUCAUGAUAUAGAAAAACUCAUCAGAAAUUACAGACAAACAAAUACUGCGAAAACCAAAUCUAUCUUUGUUGUUUACUUUUUUACCCUUGAUAAAACUAGAAAUAUACCAAAUCAUGCCACCUACAUUCCAAUUACUAAGAGAUUCUUCUUCUUACUACUAUACUACUCUGCAAAUAAAUCGUCAUCCUACUACUGGCCUUAACAUUUAUCUUCUUCUUAUUAUUGCCUCUUCACUCCAAACCCAUCAUAUCCAUCCUCUCUGCUGCCAAUGUCUCCGGCAUCCUCCACAGUUGUCAUCGUCCUUCAAGCUUGCAGGUUGGUUAUACUAGAACUUGAGCUAUGGCGGCUGGGGAUCAUCCUUCGCACGUGGUAGGAACUGAGGAACAUGUAGACCUCGAUGAGGACAACUAUAUUGAAGAAGAAGAGGAGGAAGAAGAGAUGAGUGACGAACCGAGCGAGGAAGAUGACAGAAUGGACGAGCGGAAAACCAGGGAUGAGGAUUACAAUGAGCAUGGGAAAGAAGAAGAAGAAGGUGAUGAAGAAGAAGAAGAAGACAACUUGAAAUCAGAUGAUGACCAGCAUGCAAACGGGAAGGCCGCUUUAUCAGAAGAUGAUGGUGGAGCACACAAUGGUGUUGAGUCUAUUGAGGAGGAUGAAGACAAGGCAAAUCUAUCUAAAUUUCACGAUGACGAAAUGAAAAAGCGUGCUGAACUUCUUGCACUUCCUCCACAUGGGUCUGAGGUUUUUAUUGGUGGAUUACCUCGGGAUGUCACAGAGGAUGAUCUAAGGAACCUUUGUGAGCGAAUUGGUGAAGUUACUGAGGUUAGACUCAUGAAGGAUAAGGAUACAGGAGAAAACAAGGGCUAUGCGUUUAUAACAUACAAAACUAAGGAGUUUGGACAAGAUGCCAUUGAAGAGUUCCGCAAUAAAGAAUUUAAGGGAAGAACCAUAAGGUGUUCGCUCUCUCAAGCUAAACACAGGCUGUUUAUGGGAAACAUUCCUAAGAGUUGGAGCGAGCAGGAACUACGAAGAGCCAUUGAGGAGAAUGGUCCUGGAGUUGAAAAUAUUGAACUUUUGAAGGAUCCACAAAAUCCAAGCCGCAAUCGUGGUUUUGCUUUCGUCGAGUUCUACAAUAAUGCUUGUGCAGAUUACGCACGACAGAACAUGUCAACCCCAAAAUUUAAAUUGGAUGGGAAUACUCCAACAGUUAGCUGGGCUGAUCCCAAAAGUUCACCUGAUCCUGCUGCUGCAGCUCAGGUGAAGGCCCUUUAUGUGAAAAACUUGCCUGAGAACACUACAACAGAACAGCUGAAGGAAUUAUUUAGACGUCAUGGAGAGGUCACAAAAAUCGUUUUGCCUCCUGGUAAAGGUGGGCAAAAUAAGAAGGAAUUUGGAUUCAUCCAUUAUGCUGAGAGAUCAAGUGCAUUGAAAGCUAUAAAAGGGACAGAAAAAUAUGAAAUUGAUGGUCGUGUCUUGGAUGUAGCCCUUGCUAAACCUCUGAAUGAGAAGAAAUUUGAUACGAAUAAUUCUUAUAAGCCUGCAGCUGCUCCAGCAUACCUCCCAUAUCAGUAUGGAGAUCCAUAUGGUGCUGCAGCUGCGGCUGCUGCAUAUGGUGGCGCGGCUGCUGCAUAUGGUGGUACUGCUGCUGCAUAUGGUGGUGGUGCUGCUGCAUAUGGUGGCGUAGCGGCUGGUGGUGGAUUUCAACAGCCUAUGAUAUAUGGUAGGGGACCAAUGCCAGCAGGAAUGGCAAUGGUGCCGAUGGUUCUGCCAGAUGGCCGAGUUGGAUAUGUUUUACAACAGCCUGGUGCACAAACUCCUGCACCCCAGCCUUCUCGGAGAGACGAUAGAGGCAGUGGGUCAGGUAGAUCACAAGGAAGAGGAGGAAAUGGUGGCGGUGAUGGGGGUCGUAACCGUAGAUACCACCCUUAUUAGUAGUGGUGGAAUCUUGUAAUAGGAUCUGUUUUCUUAAAGAAUUUUGAUCUAACAAAACAAGAAAAAGAAACUUGGGACAAACAAAGUCAUUUGCCUAGCCGUUUCUUCUGUAACUCAUCUAUAGUGUCGGAUGAAACUUUUGACUUAAAAUGAGAAACUUCCCGAAAAA